AUGGAUACGAACGAAGGCGGCCAAGAAUCAGGCACCUUGCUCGAUGCCCUGGAGCACCUGGAAGCCGUCGCCUAUGUGCCAGUCAAGCAGAGGUACACUGAUGCCAGCGAACUGGCCAGAAUCAUUACCUCGGACGCGUACGAGAACGGCAUACCACAAGCCGCGCUGGGCCGUCUGCUGAAGGUGCUGACCGCAAAAAACAAUCUCGACCAGGGAACAGUCACAUCUCUGAUCAAGAACCUCUACCCCCAAGAGGGUAUCCUGUCGAAGCAUAUCACGCAGGUGGUUUGCUGUCUCGGGCCCAACAAGACCAAGCCAACACCCGCGACACAGGCACUGCUUGUGCGCUGGCUGAUCCUAGCAUACGACCUGCUGGAAGAUAAAUCGCAUCUGGGAAAGCUUUAUGCGGUUCUAUUUAAUCAUCUGGAUAUGAUCAGUCUUCGGAAACCGCUUUGUCAUUUGCUGUCGCUUAUAACGCGUCGGAAACACGUCAAGCCGUUUCGGAUCCAGACUCUGAUGGAGUUUAUUCAGAAUGCUGGUGGCGAGGAUAAAGAGCUUGUUUGUCUCUUGAGGAUUUUCAAGAACUACUAUCCCGAGAUCAUCGUUGGUGAUGGUGGGUCGAGGAGAGCUGGGCUUUUCUUCAAGCAUCCUGAUCUUGAAUGGUCGAGUCAUGCGAAGGCCUUGCAGGAUCAGAAUGAGGAGAGGGCGCAGGCGAGUCAGCAGUCGAAAUAUCAGGUUGUUCAUCGAGGUGCGGUGAAACGGAGCAGACUUGAGGUGAUUAUUCCGGUGCUGCAGACCUCGCGAGUGUCGAGUAAACAGACGUCCUUGGAAGAGAUCCGGGACAUUGAUCAUUUUGUCGACAAUCUUGAUCGAAUGGAGCUACCGAAUCAGAUUAUCUCGACGCUGGGGGAUGCGAUGGCACAGAAGUACCUUCAUCUGGUCCAGUCUGAAGCAGCGAAUCAUCGUCUUGAUGAGUGGCUGAGGAGUUUCUUGGAGGAUAAGUUGGAGCAGAUCCGCAAUGGUGAUGACGGUGAUGAACCAGACGCAUUAUCAUAUGUUCUCAGCUUAGUUGAGGCUUACGCCUCCUUUACCAAGCAACUUCUGCCCUCAGUUCGCUCUUUUCUAGAGGCCUACGUCCACGUAUGGAAUGGCCGAGACAACAGAGAAGAGAUUCUGCGACUACUUCAAUACCUGCCGAUAGAGCCCUUCGAGUCUCUCCAGAGGAGUAUCUUGUCGACAUUGGAAUCCAGCCUGCUGGACGAAACCCUCGCUUCUCGAACCGACCUGCUCGACUUCUAUUCAGCUCUGAUAUCCGAAUGGGGCGUCAAGCUUCGAACCCAGAAAUCUACUGUUCCGACCGAAGAAUCCGCUCCUCUGAGCAAAAUCGUCACACACGCAGAACUACUCGCCUCGUCAAUUGAAGAAUUCGCAUCCACCGACGAGGACGAGCAGGACGCUGUCAACUCGACCACUUUGCCCGUUCUUCGAUUCUACAAGUCCAUGGCAGAUCUCUUCUCCCACGCACCUCAAAAUGCCAAAAUCCGACUUACGGUCCCGCGAGCCGCAACAGUCUACACCAUCGCAUUUACACAGAGCAUCUCCGUCAUCUCCACGCUCAACUCCAUCCUAGCCGGCUACAAAUCCUCCUUCGAGGCCUCACUCACCUCUCAAACGCUAAAAUCACCAAAUACGACCGAACCACUCUACGAUACCAAUCUAGUCGGCCAAUUCAACGGCUACGUGAUGGACAUGUGCAACCUCAUCUGGCGGAACCGCGCUCUCAACUCAGAAGAUCCCAAUGCGUUGGGCUGUCUGAUUCCCGCAGCGACCACCACCGCUCUCACAAACUAUGUGCGUAGUGUCAAUGAGGCUGCGAGACAUUAUGAUAGUAAGAGCGCUUUCAAUGUCACUCUUGCUUCGAUAUUUUCUCUUAGUCAUCAUGCUGCGUUCUGUAAUCUUUCUGCGGCUUGUUUUGCGGAUUUGGAAGAGGAACAGCAGAUUCCGGAGGACCGUCCUAGGAUGCAGAAGCCAGUUACUCAGAAGGCGUUGCAGGCGCUUGAGAGAGAUGGUGGUGCGAAGAUUUCUUGGCAGGAGUACCGCGUACAUAUGCUGGAUUGGUUGGAUGCUAUUGGGAGCCGGGGUACGGCUAAUCUUAUGAGAAGUACGAUGAAGGCUUUGCGGAAGGAGUAA